UGCGACCCCAUCACAAGUCUCUCGGUUGAUACUUCUCUCUCUCAACACAGAAUACAUCAGAAGUUUGGUGACUUAUUAUUUAAAUUACGAAAACACCACCAUUCCUUCUUCAUCUUCGUCCUUUGUUACAUUCACUGUAAAUUCAAAACCCAAAUGAGACCAAAUUCAAUUCUUCUGGAAGGUGUUGAAUUAACGAUUAUUCAAUUCAACUGCUGACUGACUGACCGACCCCACUUCAGAUAAAGUGAUAAACUUGAGUUUUGCCAUGUCGGUUUCUUCAAUCCAAAACUUUUGAUCCAUUAUGUGGGUUUGAUUUAAAUUUUGUGGGUUUUUUUUUUUUGAUAAAUUGUGAGUUUAGUUAAUUGGGAUUGGUGACUUCAAUUUGAGUUCACUGUUUUUUUAAGUUGUGUGUUGUUGGUGGUUGAAUCUGGAGAUGGAUAUAACUGAGGAGAUUGAGAAUGAAGGGGGGAUAUGGGCUUUGGAGCAGAAGAUUGAUCAGCCAAUGGAUGAAGAAGCUGGUAGGCUCAAGAACAUGUACAGAGAAAAGAAAUUUUCAGUUAUAUUGCUUCUUCGUCUUGCUUUUCAAAGUCUUGGUGUUGUGUAUGGAGAUUUGGGAACAUCUCCGCUGUACGUAUUUUACAAUACAUUUCCGAAAGGAAUCGAUGAUCCGGAGGAUGUUGUGGGGGCACUUUCCUUAAUCAUAUAUUCUCUUACUCUUGUCCCGCUUAUUAAAUAUGUUUUUAUUGUGUGCCGUGCAAAUGACAAUGGUCAAGGUGGAACUUUUGCUCUUUACUCAUUACUCUGUCGUCAUGCAAAAGUUAAUACAAUUCCUAAUCAACAUAGAACCGAUGAAGAGCUGACCACUUAUAGUCGAAACACAAUUUAUAAACAAUCAUUUGCUGCAAAAACCAAACGAUGGUUGGAAGCACAUGCAUUUAAAAAGAACGCACUUCUUAUACUUGUUCUUGUCGGUACUUGCAUGGUGAUUGGAGAUGGAAUUCUAACUCCUGCUAUUUCAGUUCUUUCAGCUUCUGGUGGUAUCAAGAUAAACCAUCCUGGGAUGAGUAAUGAUAUUGUAGUACUAGUUGCUGUUAUCAUUCUACUCGGUUUGUUUAGCCUUCAACAUUACGGUCCAGAUAAAGUCGGGUGGCUUUUUGCUCCAAUCGUGUUGCUUUGGUUUUUAUUAAUCGGUGGGAUCGGGAUUUUUAACAUAUGCAAACAUGAUAAAGGGGUUUUACGGGCUUUUUCACCCUUAUAUAUAUUCCAUUACUUUAAAAGGCGGGGAAUACACGGUUGGAUUUCACUAGGAGGGAUCAUGCUCAGCAUCACAGGGACCGAGGCACUUUUUGCGGACCUUGCCCACUUUCCGGUUUCAGCAAUCCAGCUGGCAUUUACAGUUGUCGUGUUUCCUUGCCUUCUGCUGGCCUACUGUGGACAAGCAGCCUACCUCAUGAAGAACAAAGAACAUGUGUAUGAUGCCUUUUAUCGCUCUAUCCCAGACCGUAUAUACUGGCCAAUGUUUAUUGUUGCAACUUUAGCUGCUAUUGUUGCGAGUCAAGCUACUAUAUCGGCUACAUUUUCAAUAAUUAAGCAAGCAAAUGCACUCGGAUGUUUUCCUCGGGUCAAAGUUGUUCAUACAUCAAAGAAAUUUCUCGGGCAGAUAUAUGUUCCAGAUAUCAAUUGGAUUCUUAUGGUUCUUUGCAUUGCUGUAACCGUUGGAUUCAAAAACCAAAGCCAAAUUGGCAACGCCUAUGGAACCGCAGUAGUCGUAGUGAUGGUGGUGACAACAUUUCUCAUGACUUUUGUAAUGCUACUCGUUUGGCGUUGUCACUGGAUUCUGGUUUUAAUCUUUAGCGGGUUAUCUCUGCUUAUCGAGUGCACCUACUUUUCAUCUGUCCUUUUUAAGCUUAACCAAGGUGGGUGGGUCCCACUUGUGAUCGCGGGGGUGUUUCUUCUCGUCAUGUACAUCUGGCAUUACGGGACAGUCAAAAGAUACGAGUUUGAAAUGCAUAGCAAGAUCUCAAUGGCAUGGAUUCUUGGUCUCGGGCCUAGUCUUGGUCUAGUCCGUGUUCCUGGGAUCGGGCUCGUGUACACCGAGCUAGCAAGCGGGGUCCCACAUAUAUUCUCGCAUUUGAUAACCAACUUACCCGCCAUCCACUCAGUGGUGGUUUUCGUGUGUGUUAAGUAUCUCCCGGUUUACACGGUCCCAGAAGAUGAAAGAUUCCUGGUGAAACGAAUCGGGCCAAAGAAUUAUCACAUGUUUAGAUGCGUGGCGAGAUACGGCUAUAAAGAUGUUCAUAAAAAAGACGACGACGAAUUCGAAAAAAAACUUUUUGAUAAUCUGUAUUUGUUCAUAAGGCUGGAGUCGAUGAUGGAAGGGUGCUCAGAUUCGGAAGACUACAACAGUAUAUAUGGAUCGGCGCAACACACAGCAAAUGAAAACGAUACAUUGUCGUCUGUGGGGAAUUCGAUAGUGGCGGUGAGCAGUAGUCAUACGGAGGUGGAUGAAAUGGAGUUUGUGAUAAGUUGUAGGGGGGCGGGAGUGGUGCAUAUAAUGGGGAACACGGUGGUGACAGCUAGGAAGGGGUCUAGGUUUUACAAGAGGAUAUCAAUUGAUUACAUUUAUGCAUUCUUGAGGAAGGUUUGCAGGGAACAUAGUGCAAUCUUUAAUGUUCCUCAUGAAACCCUUUUGAAUGUUGGUCAAGUGUUUUAUGUAUAAACUCAGCCAGGUCAAGUGUUGUUAGGAAUGCAAGUCUAUUAUUAUUGUCUGCUGA